UGUUGGAUCAGGGAGACAUCUAAGAGUUGCAGGACACCGGCCCUCGAGGACCAGGAUUGCCCACCCUUGGACUAGACUCUCUACCAAAUUAGAUCGUUCCAGAAUGGCCUUUGUGUGUCUCUCUGAGCCUGUGUUUUCUGUGAUGCAGAGAUUCCUUAAACUAGGCGAAACAGCCCUUUAUUGAAACUACAAACCAUACGCUAACUUCAAAGUCGCCGAGUCCAGUGUUUCGGUUUGGUCCGCCUCUCUGUCCUCCCGACAACAUUCGGCAGUUUUCGUCCAAGUGGAGGAGGAAAAAAGAAAAGCAAACAGUGGGUUGACCGCUCGCUCUGACGCGCCACGAUAAAGUAGCCGCGGUUUAAACACCCACGGAGGCUGUGCGAGGAAAGUGAAGCUGUGGGGCGUCUCGGCAGAGAACAGGUGGUUUUAUCCGCGGUGAGUUCACAGAGCAAGCCCUGACACACACAGCGCCGAGAGGGAACGGUCUCCUCCCAGCUUCCCCACGGACGCGGCUCGGCUCCAGUCAGUCACCGGGAACCUGUUCGACCUGACUCCACGCUGCACCGGGCAGGUGCUGGUGCUUCACAGAAACAGGAAAUGGAAAAGAAGGGUCCUGCCAUUGGUUGAGUCAACCUCACAGGGGUUUACAACCCAUCACCUCAACGAUGUGGCCACAUCAUGUACUGGCAUGACAUCAGAAGAAGUCUGAACUGCCACAGAGUUUCUGUACUUACAGAACCUGCUGCAGGAGCUCAUGAGUAGCUGAUAUCCCAGCUAGUGUUGUGCUGACCAAGAUGUCUUCUAAAGCUCCAAGUACCAAUAACCUGAACCAGGCCCGGCAGACCGUACAGCAGCUGAGACUAGAGGCGAGAAUUGAAAGGAUAAAGAUCUCCAAAGCCUCCGCGGACAUUGUGAAGUUCUGCAGCGAGCAUCAGAAAAACGACCCCCUCAUCGCGGGCAUCCCUGCUUCAGAAAACCCCUUCAAGGAGAAGAAGCCCUGCACUUUAUUGUAGUGGACGCCCUCUAGCCUUUUCUUUCCUUCUGCUUAUCGAUGUUGCUGUAUUGUUCAUGUUGGGAUGGGUGAGAGAGGAUCUGUGAUCAUAUCAUUAGGUGUUUUAACAGUUGGUGCAGAAUGCUGUGCGGCGGCUCCCGUUUGGGGGAUUUUGACCAAAACUACUGACCUGCCACUGUUCAGGGUGAACUUCAACCGCUUCAGAAAUCUUUGUCUGCGUGGGUUUCAUAAAGUCUAAAUCUUAUUUUCGAAUUCUUCUACCAGUUAAAGCAGCAUUCAGUGAUGGGUUUUCUCUGUCAGUGUUUAUCCAGUUGUGUCUCCAGUGGGCAGUGACUGUUAUUUGCCUUAAAUGGACGCCAACAACCAAAGUCUCCCAGCUGGCCUUUUCUAUAAAAGCUUCCCAUGAUUGAGAGCCACUGCAGCAGUUUUCCACAGCUUGUGCCACUAAAUAUUUGGGAUCAAAAUGUCCAAAUGUUGCCAUGAUGUAUUUUAUUGAGAGAGAGAAGCAGGUAGUAUUAAAUCAAAGAACAUGAAAUCAGUCGUAUCAAACAGCCGGUCACAUCUCCAGCUGACCAAUGACAAUCCACAUUCCAUUGAAUAUGCUGUUAGGAUUUUUGUUAGUUUGAUAAAUUUCACAUCGUCUUUAAAUCAUUUAAUAAAAUAAUUGAGGCAGACAUAUUCUCCAUGUGGAAUACAUAUUAAAUCCAUUCAUCUUGCCAAGUUUUGUGGGAAAGUCUCCUGCUUAUGAAAACACUGAAUUAAUCAAUAAUCUCAAAUUAACAUUUUUUAUUUAAAACUCUGGAUGAAUGGGGAUUUUUUACUGUUAGAUUCUGUCUCCGAUGUAAACUAACCCUGUGUGUUGAAAACCAGCCAAACCUGAACUACUGUAUUCAUAACCUCCUCCAUGAGUAGAGAUGCCAGUUUCCAAUUAAAAUGUUUGAUUUGCAGCUCCCAAAUUUAACAGAUUCCAACCCCUUUUAAAAACUAUAAUUGAAGGAUAUAUAUAUAUAUAU